AUGGUUCCUACAGGACUUCGCAACAUCAGCAGGAUCGGCAGGACAGACAGGAUGUUCGCCCUCGCUCUGGAUCACAUGAGCGCUAUGCUCGUGGCUACAGCCCAUCACCCAGGGACUACACUCGCCGUGGUCGUUCUCCUGAGCACAUUAAGGACCCCAACUACCAUCACUCGCCAGGAUGUGUAUGUUUCUACUCUCCAUCUCCUGCACAGUCGAACAAGGUGCCCCGCUGGACUCUAUAGGUUCCAUCUCUGUCAGUUUGAGCAUUGCUCACCAGCCCAUGACAUAUACUCUUCAGGUGGAGUAUCAGAGAGCCCACAAAACUAUGGCUCAGAACUGGUGACACGGCUGGAUACAGUGUUUCAGGCUGUUCGCUCUAAUUGUGAAGAACAGAGACUCAAGCGUGAGUAUUACUACAAUAAACAGGUGCGGUUUAAACCGUAUCAGAAUGGGGAUCUGGUGUGGAUAGAUGAUCCGACCACCCAAAGACAAAAAUUUUCUCCAAAUUGGACUGGACCCUACCAAGUGGUGUCCUCAAAUGAUAAGGGACUCAUUUACAAACUGUUGGAUCUAAACCGUCCACAGAGGGAGCCCAAAGUGAUUCAUUAUGAUCAUCUGAAACCAUAUAGGAGCACCUGGGAGGCAUCAACUGCACUGGGAAAUCACACUACUCUCCCCAGAUAUCAGUCAGACACUGGAACAAUGUGCCUGCGCAUAGUGAAGUCCAUGGCUACUGACGGUGAUUUCAGCAUGCUGAAGGUGCUGUGUGUCCAAGUUUUGCUUUGGAGUUUAGUCAAGGCGCAGUUGGUGGAUCCUGAUGUGGGACUCACUGCACAAGAACAGGUUCUCCUGCUGUAUGACGUUAAACUGCAAUGUCUCCAGAACCUUUCUGAACAUGAUCCUGAAGAUGACAUGUGUGCCCCUGGAUGGGAUGGGCUCAUUUGCUGGCCUCAGGGUUCUUUAGGGACCCUCACCAAAGUGCCAUGCCCCAGAUACAUCUAUGAUUUCAAUCACAAUGGCUAUGCAUACCGUAAGUGUGAUAUGAAUGGAACAUGGUUCUCGCUGGAGAACCGAACCUGGGUAAACUAUUCUGAAUGUCUGUGGUUCCUGACAUCAGGCAAGGAAAGAGGCAAGAAGGACUUUUUUGAGAGACUGCACAUCAUGUACACUGUUGGCUAUGCUGUAUCCUUCAGCUCGUUGCUGGUAGCCAUUUUUAUCAUCGGUUACUUCAGGCGUCUUCACUGCACCAGAAACUAUAUUCACAUGCACCUGUUUGUGUCCUUCAUGCUGCGUGCUGUCAGCAUUUUUGUGAAGGACCUGGUGGUGGAUGCCAAUGGUGGCAUGCAGCAGUACGAUGCGGUGCUCAUGGACAACAUCAAUGCGGUUUCCAUUCGUCCUCUGGACAAGACUCAGUAUGUUGGCUGUAAAAUCACUGUACUGCUGUUUAUCUACUUCCUGGCUACAAAUUACUACUGGAUCCUGGUGGAGGGACUUUACUUACACAGCCUCAUUUUCAUGGCUUUCUUCUCUGACUCCAAGUACCUCUGGGGCUUCACACUUAUAGGAUGGGGUGUUCCUGCUCUCUUUGUGUCAGCUUGGGCUGUUGUCAGGGCUAUUUUGGCAGAUGCACGGUGCUGGGAACUGAGUGCAGGCAAUAUUAAAUGGAUUUACCAGGUCCCUAUUCUGACAGCAAUUGGACUCAACUUUAUUCUGUUUGUGAAUAUCGUGCGAGUUCUGGCCACCAAGAUCCGAGAGACGAAUGCAGGCAGAUAUGACACUCGCAAGCAGUACAGGAAACUGGCGAAAUCCACACUGGUGUUGGUGCUGGUGUUUGGGGUGCACUACAUUGUGUUUGUGGGGAUGCCACACACUUUUACCGGUCUGGGGUGGGAGCUACGCAUGUACUGUGAGCUAUUCUUCAAUUCUUUUCAGGGAUUUUUUGUGUCCAUCAUUUACUGCUUCUGCAAUGGGGAGGUCCAGACAGAGAUACGAAAGACAUGGCAGCGUUGGACAUUAGCAUUCGACUGGAAGGGUCCGGUUGUGCUGGUUAAUUAUCGCUACCGAUCAGUGUUGACAAGUGUAAACAGCAACAGCAGUGUUCAGUCCCAGGUCCCAGCCCUAAUGACUAACCGAGUUUUUCGCUCAUCUGGACGAACAAGCAGCACUUGCAUCUCACGCAGCAUGUGUACACACUCACACCUCACCCUGCCUGGCUACGUCUUUAGCAACUCCGAUGCUGAAAGUCUGCCUCAGUCCAUCCCAGAGGAGAAUGAGGAUGAAGCAAAACAUGUUGAUGACAUCACACUUAGGGAAAACACAAGAGUUUUUGCAAGAGAUGGUGCCAAAAUCUCGGAUGACAUCAUUCUGGAAGGAGAGGGCAAGAACAUCAAUACAUUCAGAAAGGUUGGGGGGUUUGUUGAUGUUCCUUUCAGAGAGAAUGCCAGCUGUGCUGGGGACAUCAUACUGAAGGACUCAGUGCAGUACAAUAGUUUCGAUCAGGAGGAAGAACUGGAGUUAUAG